UUACUUUAAACUAGAAGUAUUGUGCAAAGAUUGAACUGUUCCAUUUUUAUUUAUUAUUAACCGAACCCUUUACAAAAGAGAUAAAAAAAAUUUGCGAAUAAGCAACAAAACUCAUUAAAAAUAAACAUGUAUUUUUUUUUUUCAAUUUUUUUAUGGACUAUACAUAUCAAUCCUCGUGGAUCAUCCCUUUCAUUCCACUUCCAGUCCCUAUGUUAAUAGGGGCUGGACUUCUGCUGUUUCCUGUGGCAACAAAAAAUUUUCGCCGUAUGUGGGCCUUUACUAGUAUUUUUUUGCUAACUAUAGUUAUGAUUUACUCAGUCGACCUGUCUAUUCAUCAAAUCAAUAAAAGUUCUAUAUAUCAAUAUGUAUGGUCUUGGACUAUAAAUGCUAAUCUUUCUUUAGAGUUUGGAUACUUUAUUGAUUCACUUACUUCUAUUAUGUCAAUAUUAAUAACUACUGUAGGUAUUCUGGUUCUUAUUUACAGUGAUAAUUAUAUGUCUCAUGAUCAAGGAUAUUUGAGAUUUUUUGCUUAUAUGGGUUUUUUUAAUACUGCAAUGUUGGGAUUGGUUACUAGUUCUAAUUUGAUACAAAUUUAUAUCUUUUGGGAAUUGGUUGGAGUGUGUUCUUAUCUAUUAAUAGGUUUUUGGUUCACACGUCCUAUUGCGGCAAAUGCUUGUCAAAAGGCGUUUGUAACUAAUCGUGUGGGGGAUUUUGGUUUAUUAUUAGGAAUUUUAGGUCUUUAUUGGAUAACGGGUAGUUUGGAAUUUCAAGAUUUGUUUCAAAUAUUCAAAAAUUUGAUUUCGAAAGGUGAGGUUCAUAUUUUUUUUGUUACUUUGUGUGCUCUCUUUUUAUUUUGCGGUUCGGUUGCGAAAUCUGCCCAAUUCCCCCUUCAUGUAUGGUUACCGGAUGCUAUGGAAGGGCCUACUCCAAUCUCAGCCCUUAUACACGCCGCGACUAUGGUCGCGGCAGGAAUUUUUCUUGUAGCGCGGCUUCUUCCUCUUUUCAUAGUUAUCCCCUUUGUCAUGAAAGUCGUAGCUUUCAUAGGUAUAACAACAGUACUCUUAGGAGCUACUUUAGCCCUUGCUCAAAAGGAUAUUAAGAAAAAUUUGGCUUAUUCAACAAUAUCUCAAUUGGGUUAUAUGAUGUUGGCUCUAGGUAUGGGUUGUUAUAGAGCUGCUUUAUUUCAUUUGAUUACUCAUGCUUAUUCAAAAGCAUUGUUGUUUUUAGGAUCCGGAUCCAUUAUUCAUUCAAUGGAAGCUAUUGUUGGAUAUUCUCCAGAUAAAAGUCAAAAUAUGGUUCUUAUGGGCGGUUUAACAAAACAUACACCAAUUACAAAAACUGCUUUUUUAAUUGGUACACUUUCUCUUUGUGGUAUUCCACCUUUUGCCUGUUUUUGGUCUAAGGAUGAGAUUCUUAAUGAUAGUUUUGUAUUCACCAUUUUUCGCAAUAAUAGCUUUUUCUGCAGCAGGAUUAACUGCAUUUUAUAUGUUUCGGAUCUAUUUACUUGUUUUUGAUGGAUAUUUAAAUGUUCAUUUUCAAAAUUUCAAUGGAAAAAAAAAGAGUUCAUUCUAUUCAAUAUCUUUAUGGGGUAAGGGUAAAGAAGAUAAAAAAACAAAAAUUCAUUUAUUAUCUUUU